AAUGGAACUUUAUCUUCACUUGAUCUCACCACUGAUAACUCUGUUGUUCAUUAUCCUGUCAUUCCCAUCCGUUUUCAACCGUUUACUGUUCCCUCUGAUGGAUUUUCCGGCCUGAGAGGAACAGUUAAAGUAGUCCAACCAAGUCAGCAGAACAAUGAGGACGUCAUAGAAGACGAUGAUAUUCCAGAUGACUUUCACUGGGUACUAUUUGGCAAUGAAAAUAAGAAAUCAAAAAUUCAACCGAGUCAGUCGAGCAAUGUGAACGUCAUAGAAUACAAUGAUAUUCCAGAUGUGGAAAAGUAUAAGUGUUCACAUGUCAACUGUAAUGAGACUACACGGAGCAAAACCAAAUGUUUAGAACACAUUCGAAAACACCAUGAACGAUUUCCUUAUCAAUGUAAGCAGCCCAGUAGUGGGGAAGAAUUCCGCAAUCAUUCGUCAUCAUUUUUUCCCAAAAGGAAGUAG